UCAUAGUGUUCCUGCUGAGAAUGACUACUGGUCAACCAGUGAGGACUUAGAAAUUCAAAUAUUUGCAAAGACAAUGAGCAGGGAAAGAUUCAAGUCCAUCAAGAGGUACUUUCACGUAGCUGACAACAACAAUUUAGGAGACUCAAAGAUGGCCAAAAUCCUACCCUUGCUUCAAAUGCUCAAAGAUAAUUGUCAGAAACAUGGCGUUUUCAUGAAUUCUUGAGCAUCGACGAAUCAAUGAUCCCUUAUCGUGGAAGACACAGUGCAAAACAAUUCAUAAGAAAUAAACCUGUCAGAUUUGGGUACAAGAUGUGGAUGAUGUGUAGUGCUGAUGGAUAUCCUUAUAACUUUUCUCUCUAUUGUGGAAAGGAGGAAAAUAGAAAAGAGCCCUUGGGAACUCAGGUGGUGAUGAACAUGUUACAACCAGUGGUAAAUAAGGAUGAGCAUGUAGUGUUUUUUGACAAUUUUUUUACUAGUCAUGCACUGAUGGUUAACCUUACCAAGAAGGGUGUUCGAGCUUGUGGAACUAUUAGGGAUAAUCGCACCGGAAAGUGCCCUCUUAUGUCAAAGAAAGAUGCUGAAAAGAAAGAGAGGGGUUCAUACGACUAUAGAUCGGAUGAUGUAGUCUUAUGUGCCAGGUGGAAUGACAACAGCAUUGUCACAGUUGCUAGCAAUUAUUAUGGAAUCAGUCCUAUGCAAAAGGUAAACAGAUGGGUAAAAAAAGAAGGAAAAAAGAAUAUACAACAGCCUUAUUUGAUAACCAUGUACAAUAAAGGCAUGGGUGGGGUGGAUGUGUGUGACCAAAUGUUGUCGACAUACAGGCCAAGACUGCGUUCUAGGAAGUGGUAUUGGAAUAUCUUUGCUCAGCUGCUGAACCUCUCCAUUGUAGCAAGCUUCAGGUUCUACCAGUAUGUAAACCCUACCUCUGAAGUAAGCCAUAAGGAUUUCAGGCGGGAUAUAGCUAGGACACUUAUAAGAAUCCAAGAACCCAGAAAAAGAAAAGGAGGGCCAACAUCAACUGUGCCCAAAGCAAUAAGGUAUGACAAUGUCAACCACUUUCUAGAACAAUGUCCACAGGGAAGAUGCAUUCUGUGCAAGAAAAACACACGCCUAAGCUGCGUCAAGUGUGAGAAAAGACUCCAUAAGGGGUGCAGUGCCCUGUUCCACAAGAAAUGAGACAUUGAUGCUAACAGAGAAAUAAAUACAUGAUAUUUUUGUUUGUUCUUUUGGUAUUAAAGGAUAUAUUUUUAUGAAAAGAUCUGUAUAUGAACCCAGUGUACGGAUAAAUUGAAAUAUAUAAUAACAAAUCUGUUUUCUUAGUUAUCUGAAUAAUACAUUUGUAAUUUGAGUUUAUAUGUAUAAUUUGGUACCGGAAGUGUUCAACGUUCCCAUUUUGGGAACACACUGUAAUUUUUCUAAUAUAUGUAAAAAAAAAAAAUUCUUCGUUUCAUUAUCAUAAGUGGAUCUCAACAAGUCAUUACAUAAAUAUUUGUGUCUGUACUCAAAGUUUUUCAUGGUUCGGUCACUAAAGGGUUAACAAACUUGGAAUCCUAAAAGAAACACCUGUCAGUAGAGAUGAUGCUGGGA